AUGAUCGAAAGAGACGUGAUUCGUUUUAGCCAGGGAAUAAGAGGGCAUUAUAUAUUUGAAUAUUUUUCCUCUCAUUUCUGAAUGAGCAGAAGGUUCCUGGCCCAAACUGGUAUUUGUUGCAACAGUUAAAGGGGCAAGCAAGAAGUUUUUUUCUGGAGUCCCCGAUUAAGGUAACUGAGCUAGGCAUCACUUCCAACAAGCAUGGCCAGUGGAACCGUAGUUGUCGUCCCCUCUAAUGCACAGAAUGUAAUCCAAACAGCCCCUGGAUUGCCCGGUGUUGCUCUUCAGGCAUCUGGAGCAACUCCAAAUCCUCAGUAUGGAGCUCAGCAACUUGGAAUUUCCACCAGUGCUCCUCAACAAGUCCCCCAGAAGGGUCCUAUGGAGAGAUUCCUCAGUGCUGAGGCCAAAGUGCUUGGGGCUGUCCAGAUCAUGAUUGGGUUGGUCCACAUUGGCUUUGGAGUUGUCUCGCUUUAUCUCAUUCAUUCUUCCUAUUUUAUCUUGUCUGGAAUUGGAGGUUAUCCCUUUUGGGGAGGGAUAUUUUUCAUUUCUUCUGGAUCACUUUGUGUAGCAGCUGUGAACCGUCCAAAUCGUGGUUUGGUGAAAUCCAGUGUAGCAAUGAACGUCAUAAGUGCUAUAAUAACAUUAAUUGGUGUCAUCCUGUAUAUUUUUGAGAUCAUGAGCAAUAAUCGUAUUAGAUAUAUUGGUCAAUAUAACACUGAAAGUUUAAUCCUUCCCGAACAGAAUAUCGGUUAUGGCCUCUGCGGUCUGCUGUUCUUGUUCAACCUGCUGGAAUUUUGCAUCGCUGUUUCAAUUGCACACUUUGGGUGCCAGGCAACUUGCUGUAGUGAUGAUCAGCCAACCAUACAUUUUGUGCCUUACCAAGUCAUCGGAGAUGGAGCAGUCAGAACUGAACCAAAUCCUUCUCCUCCACCACCAACCUACGAUAAUGCGGUUACCAAAUCUCCAUAAAACAAGAACUCCAGGAAGGAAAUGUGAGACGUGUUGCCACAAAGGUUUCAGGAGAAGCAAUGGAUUUCAUUGUGGGGAAAAAUGCACGCGCAGCAAACUGCUGUGCUUCCCCCCCCCACAAAUCUCAUAACCUUUUGAUACCCUUUGUCCCAGUGAAGCAGCCAGAAGAUUAAACCCUUUUGACUUAAUGCCUCA